AUGCCUUCCUCACACACCGAUGACUUGUCCGUCGGGGACGUGUUCGCUCCGCAGGCGGAUAGCGAACAGUCCGUCAUUGACAUCCCGGCCAAUCACCGCCUCCCUAAUGCACACAUGGGCAAGAUGUCACCCCCAAAGGUCAAGGGUUUCAGUGGGCUUGCAAAUCCCGCCCUGAAUCAAGAUCUUCUGCCAAAGUCGCAGCGACGCAAGAACAAGAAGAAGACCCAUGCUCCGGCCGCAGCUUGCGCCACCGUUCACGGGUUUACACCUCUGGCCUCCGGUGACGAAGAAUCAGAUUUCUCUGCUGCCAGCUCUCGUGCUCCUUCUCGACCUCCUACUGCACUCGGCGGGGCAAGCCCUCCAGUUCAACCAUCCGCAGGUCAUGGAGUCAGUGCGCUGAAGCUUCAGCUAAGCACUUUGAACCUCUCCGACACCACGGCUGGUCCCGGCGGACUUAUUUCCCAAACUCCCAGCGUUGCCAGCUACUCCGACAGUGAUCAGACCGAGAUUUUGACUAGCUACGAAAUCCCCUUGGAUCAAGACUUCGUUAGUUCCGACGCGGUACAACCCGAGGAUCGCAAUGCGGAUGUUUCCGGGAUGAAUUCAGAUCUGCGCAGCCAGCUAUGCCGAAAGAUGACCGCAGCCGAUUUUGUUCCUCUCCUUUGUUUAGGCAAAGGUUCAUUCGGAACGGUGUUGCUAGUACGCCAUGUCCUCACAGGCAAAUUGUAUGCUCAGAAACAGUUCCGAAAGGCAUCAAUAACCGUCCACAAGAAACUGGUUGAACAGACUAAGACAGAGCGCACGAUCCUGGAAAGCGUCAACCGUCACCCCUUCGUCGUCAAGCUCUUCUAUGCCUUCCAAGACCACGAAAAGCUCUACCUAAUUCUCGAGUACGCUCAAGGCGGCGAAUUAUUCCACCACCUCGCCAUGGAACGCAUGUUCCAAGAAGACGCAGCGGCAUUCUAUAUGGCAGAGAUGGUUUUAGCCCUCGAACACCUGCACCAAAAUGUCGGUGUCCUCUACCGUGACCUCAAGCCCGAAAACUGUCUUUUAGACACCGAAGGCCAUCUUCUUCUUACAGAUUUUGGCCUCAGCAAGAUCGCUCUUGGCGACGAUGACCGCUGCAAUUCUCUCCUCGGCACAAUCGACUACAUGGCGCCUGAAGUCAUCCAAGGAAAACCGUACGGCAAAGCCUGUGACUGGUGGUCUCUCGGCGCACUAGGUUACGAUCUGCUCACUGGUUCGCCACCCUUCCGCGCAAACAAUCACGCAAAGCUCCAAGAGAAAAUCGUCAAGCAGAAACUCGUGCUCCCCUACUAUCUCGGACCGGACGCGAAAGAUCUCCUCACCCGGCUUCUCCGCAAGGAGCCCUCCAAGCGCCUCGGCUAUCAUAUGCAGAAGGACUUGCAGACGAUCAAGAAACACCGUUUUUUCCGGAAGAUCGACUGGGUUGCCCUUGAGCGGCGCGAACUGGACCCGCCCAUCCAGCCUAUCGUCACCGACCCGGCGCUGGCGGAGAAUUUCUCUGUUGAUUUCACGCAACUCCCGCUUAGCCCGACGGUUACGGGGACUGGCUUUGAUGAAUACUAUGCCAAUGGGAAGGAUUUCCCGGAGAAGGGAAGUCAUGAUGACUUGGACGGGACUGAAGGCGAGAGCAACCCAUUUGGUGGAUUUAGCUAUGUUGCUUCGAGUAGUUUGCUGGAUCAUGGGUUGGGGGUUAUGACUGCUGGCUAUUGA